CAUCAUUAGUCCAUCUAUCACCUGUCCAUCGAUUGUCCUUUUUUGGAAUUUUGUCCAUGAAAACGAGUUUAGUGGAUCGGUUAUCAAUCGGAUCAGAAACAUAGCCGGAAGAUGGCCGGGAGCUUGAUUCGCAGAGCCACCCACGACGCAGAGAACCCACUAGAAGCUUCUCUCAGGGAAGCUUUCAACCACCAACAAGGUAAUCUACGGCCUCCCUUUUCUCUCAAAUCACUCGCCCAAGAACAGUACCCUCGCCUUAAUGAUGCCAUCCUGUUCGGCAUUUUGCUCGAACCACGUUCUGCUAAAACCCGCAUUAAGCUCUUGCACGCAAUAAUCUCUGAUGGGUAUUGCCAUUUCACGUCUAUGGUGACUAGAAUUGUCGAUGAAUUGUACAGUAAACUCGUAGAUUCUGCAAAAAUUCAGCUAAUCUGGGUGACCCGUGAAAUGGUGGAUGUGGUUUCUGCUGGUUUUGACGGGUUGUUGGUAGCUCUUCUCAGACAGAUUCUAGGAGGGGAUUUCAGCCAAGGUAAUUUGUGGUUGUGUUCCGAGAUGGUUGGCAUUUUUCUACAAAAAUGGGAUCGUUUAGUAGAAGAAAAUCCCUUGAUUUUAACCUAUGGUUUGUAUGUGUUUCUUAGAAUAUUGGCUGAUCACGGUAGCCUAUUGGGCGAUUCUAGACUGUGUAUGCUGAAGAAAUUGGAGACAGAGUUUUGCAUUCGGGUCUUGAGGGAACGCUUUGACCUGUGUUUGAAGAUAGGGAGGGAUCUUGUGAGGCUUUUGCAAGAUUUGGUCCACAUAGCUGAGUUUAAGUCCAUAUGGAAAGACUUGUUGUUCAAUCCAGGAGAGUUUAGGGUCAAUGAUUUCAAGUCCAUAGUGAAAAUCUAUCGCCUAAAGACUCCAAGUUUGUAUUUUUCACUUAGAAUAACACCCGAGAUGGAGAGAAACUUGAGAUUUUUGCUCACAAAUGUUAAGUUUGGGAAUCAGAAACGGUACCAGGCGUGGUUUGUGAAAAAGUUUCUCUCUUGUUCUGAGAGGGAGACGCUUUUGGUAGACAUUGUGAGGUUUAUCUGCUGCACAUGCCGUUCCUCUAGUGAAGGUGCUGAUAUAUUGCCGAGAUGGGCUGUGAUCGGUUGGUUGUUGAUGUCAUGUAGGAAAAGCUACAUUGAGGCAAACUUCAAGCUUGCUUUGUUUUACGAUUGGCUGUUUUUUUGCGAAGAGGGAGAUGAUGUCAUGAGGGCGGAGCCCGCAAUUCUGCUGAUGGCGAACUCCAUACCAAAAUACAGUGAUAUUACCAAUGCCCUUCUUGAGUUUCUAUUGAUUUUGAUUGACAAUUAUGAUGCAGAGAGGAAAGAUGUGAUUGUCAGUGGGGUAUUGAGUGUGUUUCAUGCUCUUCUUAUGAAGGGCGUUAUUGACUCGCUCGAUGUGUUGGCUCACUCUGACGCACUCUCUCCCGUGCUGAGAGAAAUGCUCAGAAAAUUGUUAUCUUUCACGGAAACUUCCCAUACAAAAGAGUUGCAGUAAACCAAUCUUCAAGAAAAUAUUGUACCGCCAUCUAUAUGCGGGCAUCAUUGAUUACGAGAGCAUAAUGGAAAAAAGUCUUCUACACUAUGCCGCUUUGGGAAACUUCUUGCUAUGCUGCAAAGUAUAAGGAGAAUAUGUUUGUAUUUGAGGUUGACAUUCAAGAAUUUUGCCUCAAGUCAAUGGAUUGCCGUGGCCAUUGUCUAAUCGUUUUAUUAUAGACCCAAUUCCUACAUAUGUAAGGUAAUUCCUACAUAGGUAAGGUGGAUCUGUCAUAGAAGUAGAGAGUCAUCUCUUCGUUGUAUGAUAAAUGAGCUUGAUAUUA